UAAGAAAAAGAUACAGUAAGAAAUCUAGUAUUCUAUUUGUAAAAUGGAAAUAAUAUUUUUGUUUUGAAAUUGUUCCUUAAUUACGAAACACGUCUUUGACCGAUCUAGCUGGUUGUCGGGUCAGAAACAAUGUGCUAGUUAAUUUUGGUUCCUUCUUAGCGUAAUUACUAGAACUAGGGUCAGACGUAAUAUCUAUACCAGUAGUAUCUACAGUCUACUUCUCUCCAUGACACGUUUGGCCACCUGAAACAUCCCACUAAAUUAAAAAAUAUUACGAAUUAACAAAAUUUUAUAACUUUUAGUUUUUUUUUUGUAUAUAUGCAUAAUUUAAUGUCAAUAUAAAAUUGAAGUGGAAAAUAUUUAGUUAUAUUAGAAAAUUAAUUAGUAGCAUUAAAUUAUUUAAAAAUUGUAAACAAAAUAUAUAUUUUUAGUGUGUCGUACAAGAACACUCAACACAGAUUUGCCGGGAAGAGCGCGUGAGAUGAGUUUCAAAGGGUAGAAUAGUCAAUUCGUAUUCAACUAUAUAUAAAAGUUUUCUCCUCGUGAGACCCGAGAAAACCGCGUAAAGUAAGAAAAAAGACAAGACAUGCGUCGAUCGGCGAGCGCCUCAAUAGUAUCCGACCAACUAUCAGCAAAAGCUCCGUCACCAUCACCGUCUCCGCCGCGAAUCCAAAGCGACACAGACUCGGAGGAUGUACAGCUUCUUCUGCCCAGGUACGACCCAAACUCUUACCCUGGAAAGAAGGACAAAUCACGACUCAGAUCCGCCGAGAACGCUAUCCAUUUCAUCCCUCUCAUUCUCAUCCUCUGCGCCCUAAUACUUUGGUUGGUUUCGAAUCCAGUAGUAGCAAUGAUCAAACAGUGACGAUGGUGGAAGAGAAUGAUUGAUAACUUGAGGUGCAAGCCUUCAACGAUUUUGCAUUUUAUUCUUUGUAAUUGUUACUGCCUUUCUUUUGAGGUUCAUACAAAGGAUCUGGAACGUAUGCCUUUAGAUAAUCAAUCUCAUUAUACAGACAGAUCAAUGCCUAAGAAACUCAGUUUAUGUAUUUAGUAUAAAGACUUAACCA